UAUUAUUAUUGUGCUCGCUUAUUAUCGAAGCAGUCGACAAACUGUAGCUUUCAAUUCUCACCCCGUACUCAUUAAACGUAUCAACGAGCUUACUUCUUGGGACAAUCAUGCAGCAUUUAAUCCAGUGUCGUGCCGCGUAUGCAAAGACGGGCAAACCGAUGCCCAAGUUGCUGUGUCUAUUGAGUGAUAGUGAGAGCGAGAGCGACAGCGAGGAGACUGCUCUACAAACAACAACAUCAAGAACUACAGAAACAACAACAGCUGCCACCACAAAUCGUCGUCUACUCAAUGUGAAUGCUUCGGAGUUUGUGCCACGCACGAAAGAAGACAACGAUUUGCAUCCAGUUGAACGCAAAUCGAUACAGCCAAAGCUGCUGCUGCCCUGGAAGGGAUUUCCCAAGCAGCCGCGUGCCGAGCGUCCAGCUCAGCAAACGUUGCCAGCUAUAGAAAAGGAAACACUCGCGUUGAAUGCCGAAAUUGUGGGCAAAAAACCACCGAGAGAGAAGAUCGAAGUUAAAGAGACGCCAGCGGAUGUCAAGCGUCGCGAGCAGGAGCGCAAAGUGGCCUUGGAAGCCUUGAAGCUGGUGGAACAGCGACGACAGCGUGAACAGCAGCAGAUGGAAGAGAAAAAGCCCGAGGUCUUGGUGCAUCUCACACGCGAAGCUGUCAACUUUACAGCCGAGGAGCGAGUGCGUGUGGAUAAAUUGCGUGCCAUAAAAAAGGAACAAAUUGAGCGUAUACUUAACGAAAUGCGUCAAGAGCUGGAACAGAAGUUGGAUCGACAAUUGCAGCAGCAGCAGCUUGAUCAGAAGCCAGUCGAAAAGCCGCCGAAGACGCAACAACAGCGUGGCACUGCGGGUCGCUAUGUGGCGCUUCAAAGAGCAGUGAAGCAGCCAGCGGAAGAGGCAAAGCCAGAGCUGACAGUAGAACUAAAGACUGGACCAAAAAUAGAGCUUAAGUCUACACUACAGAUGGGACAAACGAUAGAGCUGAAGGCAGGACAACAGCUAGAGAUAUCGACAGAGAACAAAUCGGAGCCAGUUCGUCGUUAUAUACCAACUGUUAAGCAGUGGGAUGAACGCUGCAAGGCUCAAGCCGCCAGCGCCAACAAGGAGAACUACACGAUGCGCAAACCUUUGGGCAAAAGCGAUGAGAAUAUUCCCAUGCAACGUGCUAUGGCGCCUUCGACCUUGGGCAACAUAAUGCAGCCCAGCAAAGAGAUCAAAGAAACGCCGCCAAAGGCCAGCAAAGAUCAGGGAUUGUUUGUUCCACGUUAUUGGCCACCAGCACCCAAAGUGGCCAGCGGCGAGAAGCGACGCGGGAAUCUCACUCACGCUCGCAACAUUUCGCGUGCUUUUGCCAAUUGCGGGCUGUUGCCCACGCCCUCAAUUCCAGGCGUAACAUUGGCUCCUGAUUUGGCUGACAAAAUCGAGUAUAUUGCUGCAAAGUCCAGCGUGAAGCGUUAUGAUAUCAAGCGACUGCUGGAGUUGGAGCCACAGCCAGAGCAACUCGAGAUACCCUUUAUACGCAUCAACAUUCGUCAGCUGGGAUUCCUUUGUGAUUAGCUACAGAGUCUGGAAAUCCUGAUUGUUGUGUAUUGUAUAUUCCUUCAUUCAAAAUGUUUUGUUGUAGUUUGUUACUCAUUUCUCUUAUUCGAUGUUCAAACAAUUGCAUUUCUUGAUUAGUUUGUUAUUGCAUUGCGAACUUUUGUGAAAUUGCGUUAAUAUUAUUCAUUAAUAAAUUCAAAUUGCAGCA